UAGAAGUGUUUACCUCGAAUACCAUUUUCCUAUUUUUCCCAGAGAUGAAAAUAUGGGGAAAGAACGCAAAAGAAAAGCAAAGAAAACCACUUCUUCAACGAAAAAGAAAGGAUCUUCCUCUGAACAUAAUGAAAAACCUUUGACAGACUCAUUAACGUCUGAGAAUGGUGGUGAAACUGAUCUGGUUAAAGAAAAUCAGAAAAUAAAAGGAAAGGCUAGAUACAGCAUAAAAGAUCUACUAAAGCAGGCAGAGGAGUGUCUUGAUAAUUUUAAUUAUGAAUUAGCCAUAAAGUUCUGUGAGAGAGCUCUUGGCAUUGAACCUGAUAAUCUGGAAGUAUUGGAAAUGGCUGGAUCAGUAUACCUUGAAACUGGAGAUAUGGACAAAGCAAAAUCAUGCUUUGAAAAUGCUGUAAGGAUAUCUCCAGACCAAGGUUAUUCAAAAUUCAUGAAUCUUGGUCAGUUGUUGGAGGGUCAAGAAGCAGUUGCUGCCUUCAACAAAGGAAUUCAGUUAAUGAUCGCUAGCAAAGAUAAUGACACUGCUCAAGCAUCUGCAAGUGAUAGCACAGCUGCAUCAUCCACUGAAAUAUCAACAGCCUACUGCUCCCUGGCAGAAAUGUAUCUUACUGAUGAAUGUUUUAAAGAAGAAGCAGACAGCAAGUGCUAUGAAUGCUGUCAGAAAGCUGUUGAAUUCGAUGCAACCAACCCUGAGGCUUACCAGCUGAUGGCCAGCUGUUUGCUGAGUCAGCAAAACAUGGAAGAGGCACGGAAGAUGCUUGAUAAGAGUCUAGAGCUGUGGCAAGGAAAAGAUGAAGAACUUCCAGAGGCACCAGUGCCCCCAUAUGAAACCAGAAUUACAACAUCAAAGCUGCUGAUUGAAUUAGAAAAUUACGAGACUGCUGGUUCAGUCCUUGAAGAACUUAUUGAGGAGAGUGAUGAAGUUCCUCAGGUAUGGUAUUUACUUGGCUGGUUGAAUCAUAUCACAAAUCAGGACAGCACGAGCAUCAGAACAUGCCUGGAACAAGCUCAAAAACUUUUUACCCAAUUCGGAUGUGACGACCAGCCUAUGGUGGAUCACGUGACUGAGAUGCUGGCAAGUUUACCCGAAGUUGAAAACCCGGAUGAAGAAAAUGGCGACCACGAAGACGACUCCGAUCUUGAUGACGGCGAAGAAGAAGAAAUGGACACUCAAUAAAAAAAAAUGUAUAUUUAUUUUGAUUAAUACCUCUUGAGACUUGGAGGAUACAUGGAAAGCUUUCAAGUGAUGACUUCUCGAAUUUUAUAAUGAAUCGUUGACUUGGUACUUGUACCGGAGGUUAUUUUGGAUUACAAGAGCAAAACCCACCAUGGCCUAAUGACGUACAGUUACCAACAGCUUGCAAAAUAAUUUUAUGAUAAAAAAUCGAUUGCUAUUAUGUGUGAAAUGGUACAGAUUUCAGACGUGAUUGCCCCUUAUACAACCUGGUUUCUAGUCCUGAGCGACAAACAUCGGCAUUUCGAGCAUGAUCGUUACAGUUUUUGUCGUGUGCUUCUUGGUUUUCUUACAUCGCGUCAAGCGUUCUUCAAUUUGUUGCACAUUCUAAAACCUCUUCUUGCUCUUGGGCUGUUGGUAACGUGAAAACUUCCAUUUUUGUGAACUUUUGCCUUUCCUGCAUGGAUUAACAACUAGAUUCAGUCUGUCUUGGGACAUGUCUAAACACGUGCCUGUCCAUACGUGGACUAUAGUACCCUGGGGAAGAAACACGAAAAUGUAAUUACUUGAUCCUUGACUUUAGCUCCCACGAGUGACCAAGAGAUAACUUCUACUGACAAUAUCAAUACAACAUCAAGUAGACAAGCGAUAACAACAAAGAAAGAGUAUCAAUUAGAAGAUUAUUAGGUAAUCCAAAGCAAAUUAUACGAAUCAGCAUCAUAAAAAAUUAAAUAACAGGCAGGAAGGAUAGCUUUUUUGGCCAAAGCUUGUUGCUGAGUCGAUUAUAGGGGCAGUUUCCAAAGCAGUUACAUGAGCAAGUCAAACCAAACGAUAGAAACAGGGAAACUAUUAAUACACGAAGAGAACCACGCUACUUUUGCCCAAGGCGAAAAAACGUAUGGCACCAUUUUCACGCAGUUUUGGUUUAUCCCGUCUGACGGCUGAUCGAAUAACAGAAAAGUUGAGCACUUCGGUUGUUGU